GCCGAGAGCAGAAUUAUUGCCAGAGGCAGCAGACACAGGAAGCAGCAGCAAACAUGGCGACGUUGUACCCAUCUCUCGAGGACAUGAAAGUGGACCACGUUCUGAAGGCCCAGGCAGAUGCAGCCCCCAAGGCGCCAGCCUCCAUCCCCACUCCACUCCCUGCCCUCGUUGUGCCAUCUGCCCCUCCAGCUUCGCCCGCAGAGAAGGCUGAGAUGCCCAAGCCAGCAGCCCUGCCAGUUUUGUACCCGAACCUCACGGACUUAAAUGAUUACAUGGGCCUCUCCCUCUCCAGUGAGGAGGUCCAAAAGAAUCUGGGACUUGCUCCGGCAGGCAGCCACGCUGUGACCUCGGCGCCCUCCACACCAGGCUUGGUGGUUGCCCCCGUGACAGGAAGCGACCUGGGGAUUCGUCGGGCGGAGAUCAAGCCCGGCUUGCGGGAGGUUCACCUCUGCAAGGAUGAGCGCGGGAAGACGGGACUGAAGCUGAGGAACAUUGAUAAGGGGUUGUUUGUGCAGCUGGUCAAGGCCAACUCCCCGGCUUCUCUGGUGGGAUUGCGCUUUGGAGAUCAGAUCCUGCAGAUCGACGGGAAGGAUUGCGCAGGUUGGAACACGGACAAGGCCAAGAGGGCACUGAAGAAAGCCUCUCCGGAGAAAAUCGUCAUGGUGAUCCGGGACAGGCCUUUCCAGCGCACGGUGACAAUGCACAAGGACAGCAUGGGCCACGUGGGAUUCAUUGUCAAGAAAGGGCAAGUCAACUCGCUUGCCAAAGGCAGCUCUGCGGCUCGGAACGGGCUCCUGAUCCACCAUUACAUCUGUGAGGUGAACGGGCAAAAUGUCAUUGGCCUGAGGGACAAGGAGAUCACCGAGGUCCUCACCAACGCCGGCAACAUCAUCACUCUGACCAUUGUCCCUGCCGUCAUCUAUGAACACAUGGUCAAAAAGCUUUCGAGUGGGCUGGCGAAAUCUUCCAUGGACCGUUCAGUUCCUGACGUUUAAAAUUGCUCAAGACUUUCCCUCCUUCCACUGCCUCUCUCUUCCGGGUUGAAAAUACACCACAGAUGACUCCUCCAGAACCCUGUGUCUCAUUGGAGAAUAUUCAUAGAGGUGCAGGAAGAUAAAUCUAUUCCUUAAGGACUGUGAGGUCUCCAGAGAUUCGGUGGGGACGUAGUUGAGUUUAUUGCAUAUUCCUGGGUGAUUCUUACAGCCAUAAGGAAGUGAAGCAGCUGAUUCUCUGAUCUUCAUAGCCCAAAUGUAAACUGUAGAAACUCAACCUGCCUUU